UAAUUAAUGUUGCUUGGUCCAACCAAAAACAAUUAACGUUGCUUGAAGAGGCGGAGAGUGAGGUUCGGAAAUCCACCCACCACCACCACCACCACCACUGGCGGCACCGUUAUCGCAUGAUAUUAUUUCAUUCCCUUUUUUCUUCUAUUUGACUCUAUUAUACUUCAAUCUUCUUACCCUUUCCUACAACAAUGGCUUCCUUUCUUCUUCGCCGCAACUCCAACCUCCUCGCUCGUUCUCUUACCGGUAAUUAUAAGGAGCAAUUUUGCCCGUACUUUCAAGCCAAAUUUGAAUGUUUAGGUGCUGCUUUAAACAGUUUACAUCCAUAUAGUCGCAGUUAUGGUUCUGCUUCCGGUUCCAUCCGAAAUGAAAUUACCGACAUGACUUGCCCUCAUACAUGGUAUCCGUUGGCUAGGAGGAAACGUCGCAGGGUUUUCCUGCAUGUUGGUCCCACUAAUAGUGGUAAAACAUAUCAAGCUCUGAAGCAACUUCAGUCGAGUGCUUCUGGAAUAUAUUGUGGCCCUUUAAGAUUGUUGGCUUGGGAGGUAGCAAAGCGAUUGAACAAGGCAAAUGUUCCUUGUGAUCUCAUAACAGGUCAGGAGAGAGAUGAAGUUGAGGGUGCACAUCAUAAGGCUGUUACAGUUGAAAUGGCUGAUGUAUCAACUGAUUAUAAAUGUGCUGUUAUUGAUGAAAUUCAGAUGUUGGGGUGUAAUACAAGGGGCUAUUCUUUUACACGUGCUUUGUUAGGCAUUGCUGCCGAUGAACUUCACCUCUGUGGUGAUCCAGCUGCUGUUCCUCUUAUUCAAGAGAUAUUGGAUAUUACUGGUGAUGAGCUUGAGGUUCAAUAUUAUGAGAGAUUGUCACCUUUAGUCCCAAUGAAGGUUCCUCUUCGAUCCUUGUCUGAUGUAAGAAACGGUGAUUGCAUAGUUACCUUUUCACGCCGGGAUAUAUACAAAUUGAAGAAACGAAUUGAGAGAGAAGGAAAGCAUCUUUGUUCGGUAGUAUAUGGUUCACUGCCACCAGAGACUCGAACAAGACAGGCAAGCAUGUUCAAUGAUGCAAGUAGCGAGUUUGAUGUUCUUGUGGCCAGUGAUGCCAUUGGAAUGGGCCUUAAUCUAAACAUCUCUAGGAUCAUUUUUUCAACGAUGCAGAAGUUUGAUGGUUUUCAGAUGCGAGAUCUGACUGUACCUGAGAUCAAACAGAUUGCAGGGAGAGCUGGUAGAUAUGGGUCAAAUUUCCCUCUCGGAGAAGUAACGUGCAUGUCAGGAGACGAUUUACCUUUGCUUCAUUCAGCAUUGGACUCUCCAUCACCCAUUUUGGAGCGUGCUGGACUACUUCCCUCCUACGAACUGUUGUAUAUGUAUUCACGGUUACACCCCCAAGCUGGUUUCUAUCAAGUACUGGAGCAUUUUGUUGACAAUGCCAAAUUAUCUGAAAAGUAUUUCAUUGUUAAUUGUGACCAAGUAUUGAAAGUGGCUGCUGUUGUUGAUGAGUUUCCCCUUGAAUUGCGUGAUAAAUACCUUUUUUGUAUCAGUCCAGCUGACAUGGACGAUGAGAUUUCAUCUCAAGGCCUGACACAGUUUGUAGAGAAUUAUGCGAAGAAAGGCCUUGUCCGGCUUCGAGAAAUAUUUACACCAGGAACACUGAAAGUACCCACGACGCCUCAAGCUCUUAAGGACCUGGAAUCCAUCCACAAGGUCUUGGAUCUCUAUGUUUGGUUGAGUUUUAGGUUGGAAGAUUCUUUCCCAGAUCAUGAGCUGGCUAAAUCUCAGAAGGCCCUUUGCAGCAUGCUGAUUGAGGAAUUCCUUGAUAGAUACGGGUGGCAGAAGCCAAUGGCUAGACGGUUGCCUUUGCGCAAAGUGUCAAAUUCUCUGUUAUCCCAAAACUUGAGGCAGCAUUUAUAAGUUCUGCCCUUUCCAUACCAGCACUAUGACCUCUGCGCUCAUUUGUAUGCUUAGCAUUGUAAAAGUUUCAGAAAACAAUAUCUUUUUUUUGGUUGUUGUAUAUUCUAUCCCUUGGGCGAUUAUUUCUUAUUUUUAUCAUGACUGUUGUUGUACUACAAAUUAAAUUUACAUAGUAAAGAUUAAAUAAUCUCUAUUAUUUUUUA